AGUAAGGGCAAGGCUGACCAGCCCCCACUUCGGGGUGGGGAGGCACAGUAGUAGCUCAGUGUGGCCAGAAGAUGACGGCCCCCUGCCCAUUCCCGUCAGCCCAGUGUUCUCGAGGUAGGAUGUGCUCCGAAGGGGUCGCCUGAGUAGCACUGACCUGGCAAGCUUACUUCUAGUUUCUGUUCAGCCAUUAAGGUGCUGUGUGUUCUUGGGCAAAGAGCCUUCUGUCGCUGGUCCCCGGUCUCUCUGCCUGUCAAAGCAGGGAGCUGGACAGGAAGACCUCUGAGCUUCCCUUCUCCCUGCUUCUAAGACCAGAGGGGUGAGGGUGGAGAGCAGGACGGAUGAAGGGGAGACACGAGGAAGUCCUUGCCAGACAGGGAGAAAGGAGGCUGGGGGCCUCUGUCUUAAACACCUUGGGGGGGGGGGCCUGUGUGAAAUCUGCUCUUGCUUGAGGACAGGCUUCUGGAAACCUUUUCUGGGAUUUCAUAAGCACAGAGGCUUCCUAUUCAUCUUCCCACUUUUGCAAAUUCUGCAUGCUGUGAUGAGUGCUAUCAAACUGCAAAGUCCGUAAUGCCAGGUGCUUUCUCCCGAGGUUUGGCCACGAGGACCCGAGGACCAGGUGAUGAGGGCGUAGGCUUCCUCAGAAGCUCAGCCUCCUGCUCCCAGCUAUUCAGAGCCUAGCAGCCUCCAGGACAGAGGAGGAGACGGAGGCCGGCUGUCGCCUGAGCCACAGUGGACCCAAACUGUCCCCUGGCCCCUGCCUAGGACUGUCCCCACAGCACACCAGGUGGUGCCAGCUCAUCAAGGAGCAACAGAGACCAUCCCAGAAGACCCCGGGGGUCCAUAUCCACACUCUGCCAUGUCUCUGUGUCUGUCUUUCCGAGGCAGAUGGAAGAUGGGGCAGAAGAACUCACUGGGGGGCUCCUCGCAGCUCCCCAAGCAGGACUACAAGGCCCUGAGGGAAAGGUGCCUGAUGGAAGGCCGCCUCUUUGAAGAUGACAGCUUCCCGGCCAGCCUGUGCUCUGUGGGCAGCGGGCCCCUAUUGCGGAAGCUGCCGCCCGGCCUGCAGUGGAGAAGGCCUCCGGAGCUGCACAGCAAUCCCCAGUUCUAUUCUGCUGACACCAAAAGGCUGGACCUGUGCCAGGGAGUGGUAGGUGACUGCUGGUUCUUGGCUGCUUUGCAAGCUCUGACUUUGCAUCAGGACAUCCUGAGCCGUGUCGUUCCCCUGAAUCAGAAUUUCACUGAGAACUAUGCCGGCAUUUUCCAGUUCUGGUUCUGGCACUUUGGGAAGUGGGUUCCUGUGGUGAUAGACGACCGACUUCCUGUGAAUACAGCUGGCCAGCUGGUCUUUGUCUCUUCCACUUACAAAAACGUGUUCUGGGGAGCUCUUCUGGAAAAGGCCUAUGCUAAGCUGUCUGGCUCCUAUGAAGACUUGCAGCGUGGACAGGUGUCUGAAGCACUUGUGGACUUCACUGGAGGGGUGACAAUGACCAUCAAGCCGGCAGAGGCCCCUGGCAACCUCUGGGACAUCCUCACCUGGGCCACCUACAGCAGAACCCUCAUUGGCUGCCAGACACACUCAGGGAAAGAGAGGGUGCUGGAGAACGGGCUGGUGGGCGGCCAUGCCUAUACCCUCACAGGAAUCAGAAAGGUGACCUGCAGACACGGACCAGAAUAUCUGGUCAAGCUGCGGAACCCCUGGGGCAAAGUGGAAUGGAAAGGGGACUGGAGUGACAGCUCGGGUAUGUGGGAGCUACUGAGCCCCAAGGAGAAGAUUCUGCUCCUGAGGAAAAGCAAUGACGGAGAAUUCUGGAUGACACUGAAGGACUUUAAAACACAUUUCAUGCUUCUGGUCAUCUGCAAACUGACCCCAGGCCUGCUGAGUCAGGAUGUAGGCCAGAAGUGGACAUACACCAUGCGGGAGGGAAGAUGGGAAAAGGGGAUCACGGCCGGUGGCCCAAUGAAGUCACCCCGAGACACAUUCUGGAAGAACCCGCAGUUCCUGCUGUCUGUCUGGAGCCUUCAGGAGGGCAGGAGGUUCCCUAUGCCCUGCAGCGUGCUGGUGUCCCUGCUGCAGAAGCCCAGGCACAGGCACCGCAACUGGAAGCCUCACCUGGCCAUUGGCUUCUACCUCUUUAGGUUGAGCAAGCACUAUGGUGACCAGAGGAGACUGCCCUCUGAGUUUUUCUGGAAAAAUGCCCCCAUAAGAUGGCCUGAAGCAUUUCUCACAGAGAAAGAAGUGAGUCAGGAACUGCAGCUGGAGCCAGGGACAUACCUCGUUGUGCCCUGCACAUCCAAGGCUGGCCAGGAAGCAGAGUUUGUCCUGAGAGUAUUCUCCAGGAAGCACAUCUUUCAUGAAAUUGGAUGCAAUUCCAGUGCUGUCUUUUCUAAGGAAAUAGUAGACAAAAAUGAAGGGCAGGAUGAAUUCUUCACUAAACUCUUUGAAAAGUGUCCAGAAAUAAACGCAGCGCAGCUGCAGAAGGUCCUGAACCACAUGACCUGGUCAAGUCUGGGGAGUGCCCAGCCUUUCUUCAGCCUGGACGCCUGCCAGGGGAUCCUGGCCCUACUGGAUCUUAAUGCGUCGGGUACCGUGAGCAUCCAGGAGUUCAGGGACCUGUGGAAGCAGCUGAUGCUGUGUCAGGAGGUUUUCCACAAGCAUGACAGCAGUCACUCAGGAUACCUGAACAGGACCCAGCUGCAGGCUGCCAUGAGGGAUGCAGGAAUCAUGCUCAGCAAUGACGUCUGCCAGCUGAUGCUUAUCCGCUAUGGCGGCCCCAACCUCCAGAUGGACUUCGUCAGCUUCGUCCACUUGAUGCUGCGUGCAGAGUACAUGGAGGAUGCCUUUCAGAACUUAACCCAAGAUGGCAAAGGGAUCUACCUCCAGAAGCCAGAGGUAAGCCCUUCUCUGUGGGGUUGACACACCUCAUCUUAGAGAGAGGUGGUCACGGCAUGUCCAUGUGAAGGACCAGGGUUCUGGGUCCUUCAUUCUACUGAGUUUGGGAUGUAGCCCUGCCUUGACUACACCUAUUUGUCUAUUUGCCAGCUCUUUAUGAAGCACUCACUCUGUGCUGGGCACCUAUGCAGGGACCAGGAGACUGACUCAGGGGACCCAAUAACUAUGAUUACAAUAAUGCCAUGUGACAAAUCCACCUAACUUCAGCAGUGACAGCAACACUCAUGGAGCUCCCCGGCCACAUGGCUGGAAGUCAGUGGAUCUCAGCUGGCUGGCUCAUGAUCAGUGGGUGAACGGGGGGCUUUUCUGGGGUACCUUCAUUGAGGAAGCUCUGGCCAGGCUAGUCUCAUGGUCUCAGGACAAUGGCAGAAGCACAGGGAAGUGAGCUUAAACACGCAGGGUGUCUGAGAUCAGGCACAUCAUGCCUUGCAACUCAUUCUGUUGUCCAAAGCAAGUCAUGUGGCCAAGCCUACUUCCAGCACUUGGGGAAAGAGCCUUCUCCUUGUGAUGAGAGGAACAUCAAAGUCACUUGCAGAGGGCACGGACACAGAGGGGGGUGAAGACCCAGGCCAGCAAUGAAGUCCAGCAUAGACAGUAAUAAGAUAUCUGGUCUGAAUAGGGCAUUUCACAGAGGCCUUUCUGGAGGAGGUGACAUCGAAGUUGAAACCUUAAAGAUCAGAAGGAGCCAGGGAGGCAGAGUGGAGAGUAGGAAAGGCUCCCUCCUCCAGAGGGAACAUUGUGUGCAGUCCUGGCUAGAGUAUAAAGAAUGACAAAAUUGGCUUAAGAUGUCUGGAAAGAUCAGGGUCAGAUCUUUCUCAACAGCUGGCUUAGCCUUCCCCAUAAAGGUAGGGAUUCUGAUCUGUCUGGAUGUCCUCUUCUUGAACUUCAUACAGUGUGCUUUGCAUGUAAUAGGAGCUUCACGAAUGUUUGUUGAGUGAAAGAGGCGAUAAACCGAGAGGACAAAUCUGUGCCUGACACUGAUUGUCUUGCCCGAUCCUUCAAACCUCAUGGAUUUACUGUGUACCUGCUAUGUGUCAGAUGUGGUGCCAAGUGGGGUUUGCUGCAAAGACACUGGAAUCUGGAAUUAAACCAUCUGCUCUUUCUUUGUAAAAACACAUCUUCUAUUUGGGCUGCUUAAAAAGGUCCUAGUAAAAGCUGAGGUUUCUUUCUUGACCUCAAAUGUCCAUUUCAUGUAAUAUUUUCCCAAGAUAUUGGGACCCUCAGCAUGUGUCUCACCUCAGUCAUGGCCAUGUCUGAGUGUGAAGGUAAGAUUCAGCUAGAGGGACAAUGGUUAGAAUCUUCUGGGUCCAUCUCCAUCUCAAAUCCCCAAGCUCAUGUCCAGAUCCCAAGCAGUGCUUCUAUAGUGCAGACUCAGAGCUGGAAGAGCAGGACAUCAUGAAACAGGGUAGUCCACAGCCUGAGCAGACCCCAGCAAUGCAAUGUGCCAUCACGGGAAGAGAACUGGACUGAGCCCCAGGUAGAACCCACAGCACUCCUGUAACUAGCUGUGAGACCCUAGGCAAAUCAACUUGAAUAGAUCUGGGCCUCAGCUUCCCCACAUGUAAAAUGAAUGAGUUGGGCUAGGUGGUCUCUAAGGCCCUCUUCAGCUGUAACCACCUCUGGCUCCAUGAGAAAGAGAUCCUUAGGGCCAUCCAAGGAGGCCUACAGGGAGUGGCAGCCAACUUGUUAGAAUUUCACGCAGGUUUUCUCUGACGCCAUUGGUAACUUCACAUUAUCAUCUUCAUCGCCACCAUCAUCAGUAUCACCAUUUUGAUGUAAUUGGCUUGGGGAGUGGUUUCUCCAAAGGUUCUCUCUGUGUGAGUUAGAGGGGCUGUUCAUCACAACCACAUAAAGCUGUCAGACAAAUGGGACCUUAAAUGUAAACAUGUAGAAUAGACUCUAAUGGAUUUCUGCUACCCAGUUGGUCCACACACCUGCACACCGCUGUCAUGAGCAUGCCAAGUUGAAUUCAUGGCGGAAAAUUGCAUUGAGAACUGAAUACAGAAUCAGCCUGUAUCUUGGUUAUCAUCAUUCACCGGCACCAUGAGAAGUCAAGGUUGAUUAUAUUUCAGGUUGAUUUAUACUUACUACCAGAUGGUGUGGUCCCUCUGGCUAAACCAUCCAUUAAUGUCCUGUCUCUGUGGCUUCCCAGGAAUGAGGGGGAGGAGGUCCUAAGUCUUGUGUCAGCCUCCUGGGUCUGGUGACAGAGAAAUGAAGCACCCUUAGCUGAAUGUCACAGGUGGGCCUGCACUGACCGUAAUUUGCUUCCCCAAUAUAUUCAGUGGCUGAUGAUGACUCUGUACUCCUGAGAAGGCUGGAGCCCUGUCUGCCUUCACUGAGAACUCUGCAUGUGGCUCAAAGGUAGCCUUUGACUGAAACCAAUCCACAUUCAGCCCAUUUACUGUUCUUCAGGACCGUGUCUCCAGUCAUCGCCUUCUCAGCUGGGAAGAUUUCUUUUCUGCAGACCUUCCCCUUGGAUAGGCAGUGUGCAAAAAGGGAAAGGAGUUAGCAAAGAUUGCCUUGGACUUGUAAAGACCAAUUGUCAUUCUCCAGCCACAACCUUGUCACAGCAGGGAUGUCAGCUGACGUGGUCUAAGAAAUCUGACUCCAGAGUUGGUAUGUCAACCUUUAACAAUACUGCCUCCAUGGCUGUCCAAUUUAUUAUUUUUUUAACUUUGAAAAAAUAAAGAUUUAUUACUUAUAAGACCUGGAAAUUACAUAGCACCCCUAGGGCUGCACAGUGAGGUUGUUGUGAGGGGAAGAGAGAGAGAGAGGGAGAGAAUGCCUGGGGUUCUCCUUUUAUUGGGGUUGUGGGCAGGGUUUCAUGGGUUCAUUCUCUGUUGGUGAAU